CUGUCAGUAUGUCAGCAAGUCUUGUCCAAUGACAUGAUAAAAACCAUCCUGGGGAGAAUUGGAGUCUCUCUGAUCUUCAGGUACCACAGGACACGAGAUUGGAAUAAGGGAGUGAAGCUGGUUAGUGUGAUGUUCAGACUGCACAUUGAGUUCAUCACUCUGAAAGGGCUUAUGGGGAAUGAGAACAGGGUGUCUCGCUGUCAGCUGGUCACUAUGGCAACGGAGUUCUUCCUCCAUAGCGGGAGCUUUGAGGGAGCUUUGAAAAUGCUGAGAGCUGAUGGCUGGUUUGUGAGCUCCAGCAUGUGGCCUUGUGAGCAGGCUGACAUCGAAAAUCGAAAACAUGUCCUGACGCUCUUAGCUGGGAAGACGUCACACAGGGACGCCUUUGAGAUUAUUACCAAUUUACCUGGAAUCAGACAACCGAUAA